AUGACUCGUACAGAGGUUUUUCUAAGGUACGACUCGGCUUGCAAGUCUCACUUGUUCGUCCAAUCCAGCAGCAAUCCCGUCAAUGAAAGCAUUGGCUUUGUCAGCAAUGGCAAGGGCAUUAAUUCAAUGGGGGAAAACGGCCGCGACAGCUGUCUUGACAUUGGGAAGUCAAUGGUCCAGACUAAAGGCGCACCAAUGAAGAUUGGCGAGGCUAUGGCCAAGGUCAGAAUGAUGAAAAGGAGAAGGAGAAGAGAGGAAGCGUUUACAAGACUGUUUACCUCUGUCAUCGUAGACGAGACGAUGAUCGAGGACAGUCAGACGCCGGAGACGCAAUACCCGUGGUACCCGAUUAUUCAGGCAACGAGGCGUCCGGUCACGGCGGUUAGCGGAGUUACCAGUGCCUGGAGGCGAUCUUUGAGCUCCCCGCAGAACGCACCUCGGCUCGCCUGCCAUUCGAAUCUGCACAGGGCCGGCAAGCCGUGCGUCCCAAGGAACAUUCUUGUCGAUAUGGAUCCAGACCAUGGACAUAUUUUGAAUUGA